UUUGGUCUGACCAAACCACCUCAACGUCACCGGAAAAGCGCACACCUGAACCCAAAGUACCCAGGUCCCAGACCGCCGGAUCCUUUGAAUCCUGAUGCGGAGAUGGCCGCCUCCCAUCUCAGGCGUCGCCCACCGCCGCGCGGCGUCCGCGGCCGCGGCCGCGGCUACGGUUGCACCCCCCACCGGCGAGCUGGUCCGGCAACACAACCGCUCCCUCGCGGCUCUUCUCCGCCGCGGCCGCCUCGCCGCAGCCUGGCGCCUCUUCGACGCUCUCCCAGUCCGCGACGUCGUGACCUGGAACUCGCUCUUAGCGGCGCUAGCCCGCCGCAGCGACGUAAGCGCUGCCAGCGCCUUUUUCGCCUCCAUGCCCGUCCGGGACGUUGUGUCAUGGAACACUCUCCUCGCCGCCUACUCCCGCUCGUCGCACUCCCAUCACCUCGCCGCCGCGCGCCGCCUGUUCGACGAAAUGCCACAGCGCGACGGCGUCACGUGGAACACCCUCCUCAGCGCAUAUGUGCGCCGCGGGCUCAUGGGCGAGGCUGGGAAGCUGUUCGACGAGAUGCCGCAGAGGGGCGUCACUUCUUGGAACACGAUGGUCACCGGGCUCUUUGCUGCUGGUCAGGUGAGCAAGGCCCUCGACAUGUUCAAUGCGAUGCCUGUGAAGGACUCUGCGUCGCUGGGCACACUGGUGUCUGGGUUAGCCAAGAAUGGCCGGUUGCAUGAGGCAGAGGAGCUGUUGACAAAGCGCUUGAUGGUGACAGAUAUGGACAAGGCUGUUGAUGCUUACAACACACUCAUCGCUGCGUACGGGCAAGUUGGGAGGGUGGACGAUGCCAGAAGAUUAUUUGAUAUGAUACCCAGAGGUCAGAAUCAGCACCAGAUGAGCAAUAUGAGGGUGUUUCAGAGAAAUGUUGUGUCAUGGAACACAAUGAUGAUGUGCUAUACCAGAACUGGAGAUGUUUGCUCAGCUAGGAUGCUGUUUGAUGAGAUGCCGGCUAAGAACUUGGAAUCGUGGAACACUAUGGUUGCUGGGUAUGCCAAGGUGUCCAAUAUGCAGGAAGCAGAGAAGCUGUUUUGGGAAAUGCCAGACCCUGAUAUGGUGUCUUGGAAUUUAAUCAUACGAGGAUUCACACAGAUAGGAGAGGUUGAGCAUGCCCGUGGAUUUUUUGAUAGGAUGCCAGAGCGUGCAAUCAUCUCCUGGAAUACAAUGAUAUCAGGUUAUGAACAAAAUGGGGACUAUGAUGGUACAAUUGAGCUAUUUUCAAAGAUGCUAGAAGUUGGUGGGAUGCCUGAUCGGCACACCUUCUCUUCAGUUCUAGCAGCAUGUGCGUCGAUCCCUAUGUUGCCCCUUGGAGCUCAGCUCCACCAACUUAUUGAGAAGUCGUUUCUGCCAGAUACUGCAAUUAGCAAUGCCCUUAUAACAAUGUACUCCAGAGGUGGGGCAAUAACUGAUGCGGAAGCCAUCUUCAAUCAGAUGCAUACGCAAAAAUGUUUAGUGUCUUGGAAUGCACUGAUUGGAGGUUAUGAACACCAUGGUCGUGCAACAGAAGCCUUGCAGCUGUUCGAAGAAAUGAGGAGAGCCGGGGUUAUGCCAACGCACAUAACUUUCAUUUCUCUUUUGAGUGCAUGUGGAAAUGCUGGCCUUGUGUCCGAAGGAUGGAGGGUUUUCCACACCAUGGUCCAUGAGUAUGGCAUUGCUGCUAGGAUUGAGCACUACUCAGCACUCGUCAAUCUCAUAGGUCGACAUGGUAAGCUUGACGAUGCAUUGGAGGUAAUCAAUAGCAUGCCAAUUACUCCAGACCGAUCUGUGUGGGGAUCUUUCCUCGGAGCAUGUACUGCGAAGAAGAAUGAACCACUGGCUCACAUGGCUGCAAAGGCACUAUCCAAGAUUGAUCCUGAGAGUUCUGCUCCAUAUGUUCUGAUUCAUAACUUACAUGCUCGUGAGGGAAGGUGGGGAAGUGCAUCUGUGGCAAGGGAAGAGAUGGAACGGAAAGGUGUUCACAAGCAUCCUGGGUACAGCUGGAUUGAUUUGCACGACAAGUGGGCUUAUUUUGCUGGCUUUGUAAGGCGGGAGUUGCACAAGCCAAGAAACAUGGGGAUGAGCCAGGCAACUCAAGUGAGUUUGUAUUACUCCCACUUAUCUGGUACACAUGUGUUUUGAUAAACUUUAAGUGUUGUUUCACAUCUGGAAAAGCAAGGUGAAAUACGGGGUGGCUGUCUACUAUAAGGGAUUUCUUUUUCCAAAACCAGAUACACUUUAGAAUUUGGGGAGGGAGUGCUAUACUAUUGCUAUAAUCUUUUUUUUUCGAAAAUACUAUUGCUGUAAUCCACCAUCUAGAUGAAUGAACAAACACCCUUUCCUAAUUGUCUGUUGGAAUUUGAUGAAAUCUUGAUUUAUCAACCAAAUGGUCCAAAACUAUUCCAUGAACAUCUCAAGCAAUGAACUAAUAAAUGGGUAUUUUUGGCCAAAACUCUACAGUGUUAGGCUUAUCUUUCGUUUUUCUGACUGAUUAAGGUAGGACGAGUGGAGUACAGAGUAUUCCUAGAUAGUUUAAAGCCGAACAGGAGCGAAAACAAGUUUCAUGAAUAUCAAUUCGAUUAAAUGUUACUCUAUAGGCAAUGGAUAAUUAAAAAAUGGAAUGGGUGGGUGAUGAAAGUCUUACAGUUCCAAGAAGUAUAAAUAUUAUCUCUGGAAAACAAAACAUGCAGACUCUAGCCGAAAAGUUUUGAUUAGCCAUACUCAGUGCACGAACCCCCAGGCAUGUUCCGCCAUUACCAAAACUAAUUAUUAAUUACCACGCAACCCAAUCACAGUAUUUACUCCCUUUUCUGUAACUCCCGAUCCAUUAGCCACUCUUUGAAUUAAUUCCUUGCAUGAUUCUCAACAUUAUUAGCCGUUUCCAUCUUCCUAGUGAUACAAGCAUUUAAGAGCUGGGUUUGCCUUUCAUCCGCUCCAUAUAUACUCCUUCCGUCUCCCAUAAGAGUAUUUGGCAGCCCACGUUCUAGAUCUCUCUAGAAAGAAUGGAUUCCAAUGGAGAACAAAGGUAUCUUUUUUUCUCUGAUUUCAUACAUCAUAUGGUUUGACAAAGACAGUGGACAGGCGUACAUCAGAAAGUAGUGCCUUUGUUAUUGCUAAGUUGAUCCAGUUCUUCUUUUCAUGCACCAGCUUCUGGCCUUAUGGGCCAUGUGUUUGGCAUGAUAGUUACCUGCUUGAAGAGGAGGCGCUCCUCUGCAGUCUACCCUUCCCGAGCUACGGCUGCCAACCCUUGUGCUCUAUCGGCCCCGCUGUCGCGCAGAGCAGCAGUCUACAAG